CGGACCCUGCUACCCUGCCACCUUGAAAGUAUUUUACUAUUGACACCCAACCACCUCCAAUAUGCGCGGCACAUGUAAGAGUAUCUGCUCUUACAGUAGCUCCGUGACUCUCUUCUAUCACUAGCCAUUCAAAAUAUACAGGGCUGCCGCCUCUUUUUUGGUCUAUUGGGCUCGCGGUUAGCUACUGCCAUAAUCAAUUCGUUGUCAUCCAUUCUCCUCCCAAGCCCUGAUGCCGUUUCUGCUCGCCGUGAGACGGAAUUUCAAAUUAUAAUGCCCCCCCAAUCCUCCUACAUAACUUUGUAGACAUCUCACUCCAACCUCUUCACGCUCGGCCACAGAUCGGAUAGCUGCAGCGGCUCGCAACUAGGUCCACAGAACAAGUUCACACGAGAACAGCCGCCUCACUCACCGCCCAUCGAACAUCGAUGCUUGCUAAAUCAAGUCCCACCACCAGGCCUCUGCUCUACUCCGCCACGCGGGGUCUGCAGUCCUCGUGGAGCUACCUGCGCGUUGGGAAUUCUCCGAAAAAUACGACGUGCUCAGAGCCGAGAGAUAGUCGAAACAGCCAAAAACCGACAGCCGCCAGCCCCUCACGACAUCUACAGAUACUCGCCUGAACGACAGGAACUACUCAUGAUUGGAGUACUAGAGCUUCUUCUGACAGAAUCCGACGGGUGAGGCUGUCCAAUGGCCAAAUUCCUGCCGUUCCAAGACGCGACCACACAAAUGCUGCUUCCGCACGAGACCUUGGACACAGAUCACCGGUCAGUUUGGCCAUGGAAGAGGUGGUUUGCGAAGGAGGAGCCUCUCACCCCGCGGCCCGAUGAGCAAGCAGCAGCGGCACCGCGUUCCAAUCUUGCUAGGAGGAUAUCAAGGAAGGCCAUACCAGGCCUACCCAGACCGGGAACCUUCAAGAGGCAGCAGUCUGAACUCCGGCAUAAUUUAGAGGCGGUGAAGGCCAAACAGAAUGAGAGGCGGGCUUUCUCAGUCGACCCUCAUCGUGCCGACCAGCUUUGCGAUUCGCCGAAAACCUCCACAUUGUCUCUGCCGCGAAACUCUGCACCGACCCUAAUAGGAGUGGCUACUGAUGAUGCUGAUGUUACAACGGAGGAGCAACAGGCGAUAUCUGAAUUAGCAGAGCCGGAAAUUCCGAGAGACGAUUUUACUGAGCACCCUGCACCACAUUCGAUUGCUGGAUCCGAUGGACUCCUCGAUGAGGAGCUCGAUAAGAAAUGGAUCCUCAAUCUUAGUAUGCACUUCCGAGAUCGAUCGAACCGAGAAAAAUUCUUCGUUACGUAUGCCGAAACUCCGACGCACUGGCGCCGAGUCACAAUAUCCCUUGAUUAUCGGGAUGCACCACCAGGCUCAUUGGAGGAAGAACUGCAACAGACUCAGUAUCAACGGGAUAAAAGUGCCAGGAUCUACGACGCAAUUCGGGAGUCUCUACCUGAUAUCCAAUUUUAUGAUACUGUCACGAAUCUGAAGCUUCAGACGGAGAGCGAUAGGCUGCAUGUGCACGUCACGGAAGACAUACACGAGGUCAUCCAAUUUCCACCGGUCUCAGCCAUUAAUCAUCUGUACUGUCAGAGAGUCAAGGAGCAGGACCUUGUGUUUGAUUCUCAUCUUUCGGGUUUUGUCUACAAAGUCACGGUUAACGGGCGUGUGUUUAUCAAAAAGGAGAUUCCGGGGCCUGACACGGUGGAAGAAUUCUUGUAUGAAGUCAAUGCCCUUCAUCGCCUUUCCGGUUCGGACAGCGUUAUCCAAUUUGGAGGCGUCAUUACAAGUAAUGAUGGAUCGCUGCUGAAAGGUCUGUUGAUUAGUUUUGCGGAGAAAGGAGCCUUGAUCGACGUUAUUUAUGAUGGUAAAGACGAAUUGUCAUGGCCGCGACGUGAACGCUGGGCGAAACAAAUCGUCCAGGGAUUAUCAGAGAUUCAUGAAGCUGGCUUUGUACAAGGAGACUUUACACUAUCUAAUAUUGUCAUUGACGGCGAUGAUAAUGCGAAGAUUAUUGACAUUAACCGACGAGGAUGCCCAGUCGGAUGGGAACCACCUGAAGUUGCCGCACUAAUCGAAAGCAAACAAAGGAUUUCGAUGUACAUUGGCGUCAAGUCUGACAUAUUUCAGCUCGGUAUGGUUUUAUGGGCUCUGGCCAUGCAGCAAGACGAGCCUGAAAAUCAACCAAGGCCUCUUACGCUUGCCUCUGCCCCGCAAGAAAUCCCGAGUUAUUAUCGUGCCUUGGUUGGAAUAUGCCUUAGCGAUGACCCCAGAACCCGGUGUCACACGACGUCGCUUUUGAGCAUGUUCCCGGAAAUGGAGGGCGAUGACCACGGAAGGGAUUACGGCAACCAGCCAUCAGACCGUGCCGAGUCCCAAUAUAUCGACCCAGCCCAUGCUGUGGAGAGGGAUGAUAUUGAUAAUUUCCGACUUAUGGACUCGCAAACAACCGAGCGAGGCGGAAUAGCACCAUCAACUGGUACACACACGUAUGUGAAUGCACCAACUGACAUGUCCGGCGAGGCUUACUUCUUCCCCAGGAGAGGCCGAUCUCCACCGAGAAGUGCCAUUGGAGAGCUUGAGUUUGAGCCUCGAAUUGUCACCGUAUCGCCAGGAAGGCACUACCUGGAUGAAAACCAGGUCAAUGAAAGCGUGCCAGAUAACGUGGUCGACGAUUUUGUAGUGCCACAUGACAUAGCAGACAGCGAUGCCAUUGGUGGCGGCGAAGCGACUGUGCAUUUUGAUAUUGAGGAUGUAAUUGGAGAUGAUGAGCAUACUAACUCAGGGGAGAAUAGACAUGCCAUCGACGCUUCGGAAAAUUCACCAGAGGAUAUGGAUCAUAUCAAUAAUGCGGCCGAGGAUGUCACCACCUCCCCUGCACAUGGAAUUGUGGCCACCAAAAACAUCGCCACCGCAGUUGCAACUGAGAGUGCAAGCCUAAUUAAUGGAGAUGCAAUUGAGACCAGCGCUAUUGCUCCAACGGAAAAAAGCGAAGACGUGCUCAGAUCUCCCGGAAACGAGAAUGCUACCGAAAGCAACACUACUGUUCCCAUGGACCACGAAAAUAUCCAAAUCCCCACCGCAACAGUGACAAAUGAAGAUGACGGCGACAAAAGAGAGGAUGCUACUGAAAAUCACAUGGUUACUCCUGAUAAUGGCAAAAGUACCUUCGACGCUGCGACUAUUGCUACGAGCAACGAUUCAGGUUACGCCCAAAGUGCAACCGAGGACAACAGCACUGUAGCUGGGUAUAGAAGCGACGAUAUUGAGAUUAUGAGCGGAGAUGUCAGUUAUAUUACUGGAAAUGUGACCGAGGAUCGCGCCAUAGCGGCUGGAGACGGAAUCGAAGAGACGCACAGCGUUGCCGUCAAAACCACGGAUGGGGAUGCAAACAACGCCAUAGAGGAUAAAAUUGAGGACGACACCGUUCUUGGAGGCGCAAGCAACAGCACGGGCGAUAAGAUCACAGGGGAUAGUGUUGCCCCUGGAGCAGCUGUGGGGCAAUCAGCCAUCCCACGUGAUGAAGCCAAGGAGUGUGGGGAAGUCACGACCGAUGAUUUUGUGAUGUUGGGUCUGGGGACGAAGCAUGGUGACGACGACGGAGUAUUAGCAACACGUGAUGUUACAGGCACCGCCACCCUGGAGCACCAGCACCAGGACAAGAAUUUGGAACAGACGGAGGCAGCGAUUGGCGACCUGACAGGUAUUGGGGGACACAGCACCCUAGAGCAUUCUGACAUUCCUCAGGGAAUUAGCGACGAUGAUUUAAUGACCGACAUGCCAUGAUGAGACUUCAGGAUGAUACUUCAGGACGAUACUCAGGACGAUACUACAGGACGCCACAUUGUAUUUAGUAGCGAUUUUUGCUUUUGAUUUAUUUGGCGGGGCGUUAUUCGGGGCGUUUAUUGUGUUGUUAUUGUGUAUAAUUGUAUAGCAUAUCCUGGGGGGUUACAAAAUUUCAAAAAGAAACUUGAGGCUCUGCUCUUACAAAAAGGGUACCACGAG